AUGGUAGGGGAGGAAGUCUCAACCCUGUGUGACCAUUAUUUUAUAGCUGGAAAGAACACUAUGCAUCAGCUCCAGGUCAAGGUUGACGCAGCAACCCAGGAGGAGAGCUCUGAGGGGCCUGUGCUGCUGAGUCAACCCCCAGAACUAACAUCUAUGCCAUAUACUCCAGAGACCACAGGGCAACAACUGGCAGUUUCCCUUUCAGGGGAGCUCCAUGGGCUCUCCACCAUGCCGAGCAUGUGCCCAAGCCUGAUGCUUCAGCCCUGUGCCACUACUGACCCUAUGCUACUGCAGUCACAGGUCCUGGGCCCCAGUGCCUCCAACCAGGCUUCAGUUUCUGCUACCUUGGAGUGGCAGGAGAUGCUGGAGGCUGCUGAAGCUCUGAUGACUCUGAAAAAUUCUUCGCAGACACGUCACCAGCCCUGUGGUGUACCAGGUCCUGCUGGAGAGAGGGGACUGCAGCUGGCCAGCCCCACAAUGCCACCUCUGCCUGCUAGCUCUGGUUCACUGACUUCUGGACAUCUGGAUUGCAUGUCCCUCUUGACCUAAGAACCCAGACUGUGAGGCCUUGCUAGAGCACUGCCUGUUUGAUUCCUGUUUCUGAAUUUGCAAAAUGGCUCCUGCCCAAAGUGCUUAAUGUGUUUUUUAAGCAUUCAGGUAUUUUAUAAGCUUUCAGAUCCUUUUUAUGAUGUAGGGCAAUUACUUGGCUUUCCUAUAUUCUUUAUCCCCAUCCUUUAUUUCUUUGGAAGCUUGGGGCUUUUUAUGUGUCUUAUAAAAUGCUUUGUGCAAUCUAAUAUGAUCAAUCAAUCUAUCAGUGGGGUUCUGAGUGGUAUCAAAUGCCAGUGUUUUCCUUUGUGUGCACUUGCGCACUUAUCUGUGCACUACUGUACUUACAUAUGUAUGUGGAAACAUGAGGAUUUUUCACAUUGCAUCUAGAUUUGUGUGUUACCAGAAAUAAAUAAUUUUAUAAGGCACUAAGAAGUAUGGGUUGUUUGUUAAGUGGCGUAUGACAAAUAUCAAGGAAGACUACGUAAACAGUUAUCAAGAAAUUUAUUCUAUUGAAGCAUCAAGUAAGAGGUUUAUAAGAGCAAAUAUCAGUUACAAUGUCUUUCAGAAUUGCACAGCCCCUUUAUUUGCUACCAAAGUCAACACUGUGUAGUAUUCAGUUGUCUUCUUCAUUUCUGGAUGAGGUUCUGUGUCCUCUAAUAAUGUUUGA